AUGUGCAGAAGUAAUGUGUUGAUUUUGAGGAGACCUUUGCACCGGUGGCGAAACUUGACACAGUUAAGGCUAAUUCUUGCCAUCGUAGCUCACUAUGGAUGGGAGAUUCACCACUUGAAUAUCAAAUCAGCAUUUCUAAAUGGUGACAUCAAGGAAGAAGUCUAUGUCACUCAACUUGAAGGUUUCAUCAUCAAGAAUAAUGAGCAUAAGGAGCAGGUUGUGUACACGAGAAACCAUAGAGAAAAAGUACUCAUUGUUGGCGUAUACGUCAAUGACUUAAUCAUGACAAGAUCAAGCAUCAAGGGUGUUGAGGAGUUCAAAAAAUAG